AUGUCGCACGAGGCAUCAUCACAUUCAAAGGGCCAGCAGGAGGAGUUCGUGGAGACCAUUGAGCCUGAGCAAUCGCAGGCUGCCUCCCCGCACAAGAAUGACACAAAAGGUCAGCCCAAAGGAGACCAGGCGUUGCAGCUCAUCGAAGAGGCAGGGCACUCGAACAUUCUGACCCCGGAGAACAACGCCCAAGUUCUUCGAAAGAUCGAUUUGCGUCUGCUUCCCAUUCUCUUGGGAAUCUACUUCCUGCAGCAACUGGACAAAUCGACCAUCUCGUAUGCCUCAGUGUUUGGAAUCGUUGAGAAAGCUCAUCUCCAUGGCCAGCAGUACUCCUGGCUAGGAGGCUCGAUCUAUCUAGCCCAGUUGGUGUUCCAACCUCUGGUUGCCUAUCUUCUGGUGAAAGUACCCCUGGCCAAGUUCCUUGCUGUAUCUUGCCUUCUAUGGGGCAUUGCUUUAACAUGCAUGACGGCAGCAACGAACUUUGGAGAGUUGCUUGCGUGUCGAAUCUUCCUUGGUAUCUUCGAGGCUGGAAUCGCCCCGGCCUUUAUCGCAGUGACCCAAAUGUGGUACCGUCGUCGUGAGCAGCCAGUCAGAUUGAGUUCCUGGUAUGCAAUGAACGGAGUUGUGAAUAUGUUUGGAAGCCUGAUUGCAUUUGGACUCGGACACAUCAAAUCGUCCAUUUUCGCACCCUACCAGAUCAUCUUUCUCUUCUUCGGCCUGGUGACUGUUGGGUUCUCUGCCGUUAUCCUUGUUUUCAUGCCAGACUCGCCCGUAGCGGCUAAGUUCUUGGGAGAGGAAGACAAACUGUUGGCUAUUGAGAGACAGCGGAUGAACCAGCAGGGUGUUGAAAGCCAAGAGUGGAAGUGGGACCAUGCAAAAGAAGCGUUCUUGGAUCCCAAGUCGUGGUUCUGGUUUGCUUUGAUGUUCUCUAUCUCCGUUCCCAGCGGAGGCAUAACCACAUUCGGUCCCUUGAUCAUCAAGUCUUUCGGACUAAGCGAAUACGAUACUAUGUUAUUCAAUAUUCCAUUUGGUGCGGUCCAGCUUGUCGCGACAAUGGGCGGAGCCUGGCUAGCAACCGUAUGGAAGAUGAAGAGCCCAGUCAUAGCACUUCUCUGCCUCCCACCCAUCGCAGGCUGUGUGAUGCUGCUGCAAAUUGCGCAUGACAACGCCCACAAGGGACCCUUGCUUGCAGGUUAUUACAUUAUCUCCGUAUACCCAGCUAUCACCCCAAUGAUCUAUUCAUGGUCCGCAGGAAACACAGCCGGCGAGACAAAGAAGAAAGUCACAACCGCUAUCCUAUAUGUUGGCCAGUGUGCCGGUAAUGUUCUCGGGCCAAAUCUCUACACCACGGCUGAAGCACCACUAUAUCGCCGAGGUCUGCUUUCGAACCUCGCACUAUUUUGUGUUUUAAUAGGCCUCACUGGGGCAAACGCUGCAUAUAUGUUCUAUCUGAACAAGAAGCACGAGAAGAGACGAGUAGCUGUCGGAAAGAGCGCCAAAAUCGUAGACCAGUCGAUGCAAGCCGUUCAAGCCGUCUCUGAUGCCAAAGAAGACCAGCCCCAGCAAGCAGCAGAUGACAAUGCCUGGAAGGACUUGACUGAUUGGCAGAAUGAGGACUUUGUCUAUGUUUUCUAA